GUUGGGAAAAAACCGCGAAUUAAAACAACAGUGGAAGAUGAAUAAAUGUCUGCAUCUGGGAUUACUACUCGCUACUGACGUGCUGUUUGUGGUUGGACUCCCAUCGGUGAGAAUUUGGCCCAACAAUACAAAAACCAUCGAAUUGGGAAGUGUUCAGAAAUACUACUGCAAAGUCGAAGGCGUACAUAACUUUUUUUUAACCACCAGUCCAAGAUUUUUUCAAGCUAAAGGUGCAAGACGUUAUAUACAAAAUUCAACAGAAAUAGAGAAAGAUACCGCGCUCUUAACAAAAACGUUUGAAUUGUUCGAUGAAGACACAGAGUUAUUCUGCGUAUGGAAGCCAGUUAAGACAAAAAGCCAUGUAUUUCCUUCUGCCUUACUAUCGGAACGCGUUGCUAUACGCUUUAGUGAACCUGUAAUGGAAGAAUCAUGCACGUGCGAUACGUGGUGGCCGUGGCUUAUCGCUGUUGCGUUGGUUGGUGUCGUCAUUGUCAUCAUAGUGGUGGGCAUUGUCAUCGCUUUUUGCCGAAGAACGAAAGCACAAAGGGAGCAGCAACCUUUACCAAAUAUACAG